GGCUCGGGUGGAGGUUUUGGGCUCUGUAUGAAAGGAAGCAGUCAGGAGAAAGAGGAGAUAAACUCCUCCCCUUGCUACGGGGGGGUGAUGUGGGCGGAGCUUGACAGAAGCGCUCCCUCCUGUUUCUUGAAGGUUCAGAUCAGAUGGGCACACACUCCCAGCGGCGUGUGUGUUAAGAAGAAGAAGCAGCAGCAGCAGCAGAAGCCUCCCCCAAGGCUCUAUUUAUGGAAUUUUAUUUUCAGAACACCGAAUAAUUUUUUCCCGUGGAUUUCCGUGAGGUCUCCCAGUUUUCUCUGAAGGACAUCAGACCCGACGAGUCGGCCUCGCUCCGGUUUGGGCAGCACCUGCUCUCCUCUCAAAUUAAAGUGUGCUGCUUCAAAGCCGAGAGGAUCUGCUCCACGCCGAGCUGCUUGCGGAGCACCUGGAAUUCCACAAGGUUGGAGUACGUAAAAUCGGGAGGUGAACGUCUCCUCCUCCUUCGCGGUCCGGCUAGUGGAGAACGCUCACUUGAGGAACACAGGAGACUAAAAGACCCACGGAAGAAUCCAGACUUCGGAAGGUUGGAGUGGAAACGGGGUGAACAUCUUGAGGGUUUGUCUUGGGCAGCAAAAGGAAUUCGAGAAGGGCUGAAAGAUCAAUAGAGGAAGGUAGACGAUUGGAGGGAGGAUCCAGACCAGGGAGGAUUGUGCAGAAAAUUCCCCAACUGUCAAUUUUUUUUUCCUGGUUUGAGUCUGCCAGAACUUGAAGUUCGUAGACGGCACUUUACCCUCAACUCCAGUUAGUUUUCUUGAGCUUUAUUUCAGAACCUGUUUGUAGGUUGAUGUUCAGCAACAACAAUUAGCAUUUCCAGCUAACAGUUCAGGAACCAAGCUAGUGGAGAGAGAAAUUCAGGAAGCAAACCUCUCCUGCAAGGGUUGAAGACUACCAGACUGGAGAAGAUCGAGAAUAGGUAAACAUCUUCUUCAGGUUCCAUCUUGUGGAAAAGAUUACCAGGAGGAUCACGACUGGAGAAGGGGGCAAGUGAGCAUCAUCGAAGCCAAAGCAGCAUGGUGAAGUAUCCACGCCGAAGGAGCAGCCCCCACGGGGGUGCGCAACUCCUGCCCAGGAACCUGGUCCUGCUUCUGGUCCUGCUCCUGCCGCUGGCCCAGCAGGCCCAGGCAGCGCUGCACUCCAGCUUCCGGCGUCUGAGCGGUCGUGAGAAGAAAGAGAUGCAAAAGGAGAUCUUGUCCAUCUUGGGCCUGCCGGGGCGGCCCAGGCCCCACCCGCCGCUCAGGCCGCCCUCGUCCGCGCCGCUCUUCAUGCUGGACCUCUACCACGCCAUGGCGGCGGACGGCGAGGACGAACCGGCCUCCGCCAACGACGUCGUCGCGGUUCGGCCGAGGGGGGACGGCGGCGAGCGGAGGGCGGCCGUCCACCGCCCGGCGCUGCCCGCCCUCAGCACGCACACUCCGCCGCUCGGCACCGUCGUCAGCGAGGCCGACACCGUCAUGAGCUUCGUCAACUUGGUGGAGCAGGAGCGGGACCUGCUGCAGCCUCGUCCCUACUGGAAGGAGUUCCGCUUCGACCUGACUCCUCUGCCGCAAGGCGAGACGGUGACGGCCGCCGAGUUCCGCAUCUACAAGACGCUGACGCUCGGCCAGCGGGCCAACAGGACCCUGCACAUCUCCGUAUAUGAGAUCCAGAAGGACAACAGACACAGGGAGCCCGAGCUGGUGCUGCUGGACAUGCAGUCGGUGCCCGCGGGUCAAGAAGGUUGGCUGGCCUUCGACGUCACCUCGGCCUCCAACCACUGGCUCGUGCGCCCCCGCAGCAACCUGGGCAUCCGCCUCUACGUGGAGACCGAGGAGGAUCGCUCGCUGUCGGCCGCCUGGAUCGGGCUGGUGGGCCGCAGGGGUCCUCGCUCCAAGCAGCCCUUCAUGGUGACCUUCUUCCGGGAGAGCCAGAUCCCCUGUCGGCCGCCCCGCGCCGUCAAGACGCACCCGCGCAGGAAGAAGCCCAAAUACGACCUGCCCCUGCCCAGCAUCCACAAUCGAAGUCCAGUCAACAGCGGCGGUCAGCCGUGUAAAAAACACGAACUCUACGUCAGCUUCAGUGACCUCGGAUGGAAGGACUGGGUUCUGGCCCCCACAGGGUACUCGGCGUACUACUGCGACGGUGAGUGUUUCUACCCGCUGGGUGCCUGCAUGAACGCCACCAACCACGCCCUCAUACAGCAAGUGGUGCACCUGCUGAAGCCCGACGAGGUGCCCAAGGCGUGCUGCGCGCCCACCAAGCUGAGUCCCAUCUCGGUGCUCUUCUACGACGACAACAACAACGUGAUCCUCAAGAAGCAUCGCAACAUGGUGGUCAAGACCUGCGGCUGCCUAUGAGAUGUGCGGCAGCUGCAACACCAACCAAAACCAGAAGGAAGUGGACUUUGAUUUUUAUUACAAGAUACACACGUGUUAGUUAUUUGGUCACAUAACUUUCUAAAUAGUCCUUUGAAAAGAUGAAGCCUUUCAAUGUUGUUGUACAUUUAAAGUCGAGUUUGAAACCACAACAGUCGAGGAUGAACAUGAUUUGUGCUUAAAGUUGGGGUUGAUUCUAAAUGUUAGCAGUCCAAAUGAAUAUCUUCAGUAAAUUAUUGCCAGGUAUAACCAAAAAAAUGGCUGAGGUGUUGUUGCUAUGCGCCUGAUAUUUAGUGGUCUAUUCGUUUGUUUUUUUCACUUCUCACUGCAGCUUGCUUCACUCAGGAAAGAUUAAUAGUCAAAUUAAAUGAAGAAAAAAGUUGAACUGUGUGAACUUGUUGUCAUUCUCCUUAGCACACAAUCCUGACAGUUUAUAAGCAUGUUGCUUGCAUACAAUAAAUAUGUUGUUUUUAAAAAAAAAAAAAAAAAAAAUGGGACGCUGCCAGCGGACUUUUGUGCCCCUUUCGUCACUGUCUUCUCACUCACACACACACACACGCACGUCACCUCCAUGUUGUUAGAUGGACUGUGUGCUUCAUCCUUGUCAUCAUGCUGU